CAGUCGCAGAACGAGUCGCUGCCUAAAGGUGUGAGGUUUGGGCGAUUUGGGCUCGCGUGCAGCGGCAGCCUUCAGCCCAGCUGCGUCCGGCAAAUCGCUUCCGAGACAGCAAUUGUGGUGUAGCGUAUACAAGCGGCGAGGAGGUGGAGAGCGGGCGACUUAUGAGGUGCAGGCUCAGCCCGGGCGCAUUGCUAAAGCGGGGAAGGGUGAGAUGCGGUGAGGGUGGUGCAAGCGCGAUGGACGUCGGCCUGCGCUGCGCAUUGAGGGCUGCGUCUUGAUUGCCUCAAAUAGUCAAGAGUCGCGAGUCGCGAGUCGCGAUCAGCAACAACGGCGCCUCGUGGCUGCCACUUCACAACUCACGACUUGCAACGCCUCCUUCUUCCAUCCCGCGCGCUCCACUGCAUUUUGGACAGCAGACAUGGCAGCAACCGCAGCGACGCUCUCCACCCCCGAGGCAUGGCGCUCGGUCCAGACUCUGGUCCUCGAAGCAUGGCUCUCCGCCUUUCAACUUUGGGACUUUCUCAUUUGCGUGCCGGCCGAAGUCAGACGUCUCUACUGGCCCGAGCUUGCGCGUUGGGUGCGCAGCGGUCAGCGUCCGUCGCUCGGCAGCAUCUUCCUGCUCAAUACUCGAUUGUUGACGCUGCCAAUCAUUGCUAUGAGCGCCUACUCGUUGGGUCAGCCGCACAAGUGCCAAGUCAGCUGGAGCGUCUGGUUCACCCUCACCGGCCUGGCCCAUACAAAUUCUGCCGCCAUUUUUGCUGUGAGGACCAUCGCCAUCCGCUCUGCAGGACUCGUGCUCAAAACGAUUCUCUGGAUCGGUGUGCUGGCUGUGGCAGGCGCGAAUUUGUGGUGGGCACAGACGCUGCAUCUCGCUCAGGCACCAGCCACUGUCCCGAUCGCGCCAACGUGCAGCGUGCUGCCAGAUCAAGUCUCGCUCGCACUGUGGCUGCCAGAUGCAGUGAUACUCGCAUUCGACACGCUCGUGCUCCUACUCACGCUCCACAAGGCCAUCGAAGUUUUGCGUCCGUACGGACUUUCGGUCCAGGGGCUACAAGACUACCGCCGCUCGAGCUCCCACCUCACCCGAUACUUUUUCGCCUCUGCCAUCGGAUGGUACCUCAUCAGCAUGGGCAUCCUCGUAGCCGAAGUGGCUUGGGCGAAUACGCACCCCAGAACUGACCUUUAUCAAGGCUUGUUCAUCCCCUUGUGAGUGGGCCUGCGAUCGUGGUCUGCGAGCAUGUGUCGAGCCUUGCUCGCUCGCGCUGACCCUUGCCAGCUUGUCAGCCACG